GGUGUUGAUGUAGGCAGCGAAUCCCACCGCAAGCGUGGUGUCUCCCCUUACGCACGCGCACAGCGCUCGUUACUGAAUGUGGCCGCUCGCUCGCUCGCUCGCGCUCAGUCGCUGACAUCGUCUGCGCGUCACUGAAGGCUGUUGCUCGCGCGAAGUGGACCAAGAGGAUCUGAUGAAGGUGAGGCACAGUCUGCCUGCUCGUUGCUCGUUUACCGUUUGCGUGCGCGACACCUUCUCUCGACUCGUGGCAGCUUGACGGCGAGGCGCAAGAGCGAGCCAGACCAUGCCGUAGAGCUGCAAACGAACUCAAAGUUUGCCGCGCAAUCAGGCGGAUGAGUACAGCUGCGAAUCUGACGCGCUUUAUAGAGGAAACAACAGCGUAGAGGAAGAUGAAAUCUGCAGGAUUUGUCGAUGGAGGACUCUUUACCGAGAGCUACUGUAACAUCUGCAAUGCUCAGCUCAUCUCUGAGUCACAGCGUGUUGCGCACUAUGAGAGCAAGAAGCACGCCAACAAAGUGCGUCUGUUCUACAUGCUCCACCCAGAAGACGGUGGUCCUCCUUCUAAAAGACUGAGACCAGACAACCCGGACAGUGCAGAGAAUGAAGUGGACAGGAACAAAUGCUGCACGCUCUGCAAUAUGUUCUUCACAUCUGCCAUCGUGGCUCAGUCACACUACCAGGGUAAAACGCAUGCUAAGAGAGUACGCCUUGUUCUCGGAGAGCAGCCCAGCUUACCUACCCCCACAGAUUCAACUGCAAAUACCCCUCAGGCCACAGACCCAGCACCACCACCUUCACCAUCAUGGCCCUCCAUGGGUAACAAUGGCGAAGCAGGCAAGUACUGCUGCCUGUGUGGUGCCUGGUUCAACAAUCCACUGAUGGCACAGCAACAUUAUGAAGGCAAAAAGCACAAAAGAAAUGCAGCACGGGCACGUCUCCUGGAGCAGCUGGCAGGCAGUCUGGAUGCCACCGAGAGCACAGGCCUGCGCAGCAGUUACUCGUGCAGUGUAUGUAAUGUGGUUCUGAACUCCAUUGAGCAGUACUAUGCACACCUCCAGGGCUCAAAACACCAAAACAAGGUCACGGGGAGCCUGGAGCCUAUCCCAGGAGACGCUAGGCACAAGGCGGAGGACACCCUGGACGGGGUGCCAACCCAUCGCAGGGCACAAUCACACACCCAUUCACACACCAUGGACAAUUCGGAAACGCCAAUCAGCCCACAACUCGUGUCUUUGGACUGGGGGAGGAAACCGGAGUACCCUGAAGGAAACCCCCGAAGCACAGGGAGAACAUGCAAACUCCACACAAACAGGGCAGAGGCAGGAAUCGAACCCCCAACCCUGGAGUCUUAAACAACAACAUCAGCAAUGAAAGUUAUUGCUGGACGUAUUGGAGGCAUUGCUACUGAAGCUCUGAAGAAAACAGAGAAUGGAUGUACUUGCAAACAUUUGUGGAGAUGCACAGGCAUUAAAGGGACACCACGGACAAUACCUCUAUCUUUCACUGAGUUUCUUAAUACUUUGGAGGCUCCUCGACUGUUUUGUGCUUUAUGUUUGCAUUCUAGAUUAGUGUAAACUCGACUGUCAUGAGCUGGAAAGAAACACUGUUAUCCUGUAGGACUAAAGUAUGAACUUCAUGUCAAAUUGAUGUCAAUCUGUGUUACAGUGGUUCUGAUAAUCACAAUGGCACUCAUUGUAUACAAGCACUAGCCUGAAAAGACAGGGUCACUGAGUAUUUUCUUACAUUCACAAAGUCUAUAUAAUUAAUAUAAGUAUGUAAUUAUCUAUGAUAUUUAUAGUCUAUUCCUUAAUACCUGCGAUCACUGCUUUUGUGGACUGUUUAGGCAUUUCAGAAUGGGAAAAAAGCACAAAUAACAGGAGGUUGGUCAUUUAAUGACUGCAUUUUAUUAGGUAAUUGUCUUGCUUGUGCUUAAAUGUUGCUAGUAAUGGUCAGUGGUAAAGCCAAUAGACUGCUUGUAUGGGAAUUUUAGUACAGAAGUGGACAUAGACAAUAUUUUCACACAGAUCACAUUAUUUUCUCUUUAAUAAAGUUAUUCAAUAUAAACCA